CAGUCUAUUCACAAGCGUAGAGCUCAACAAAGAAGAAAGGGGGUGUGUGAAAUUAUUGGCAGCGUUUCAGGUGGCUCCAACAGACACCUAAAGCGGGACUUGCCAGUGUGUUUGAGGGAGAGUGUGUGUGUAAAUGUGCAUACGUCCGUCCGUGCGUGCGUGCGUCUUGUGGAGCAGCCAACACACACUUGCAUUCGCUCACAACAUGGCGAUGAAGCGCGGAGAGACACGACGGCUUUUUCCCGACUAAAUGCGACCCUGUUCUGAGUGAAAGCAGGGGACUAUGCCAAAGCGAUAUACAUGAACCAAUAGCCAACUAAUAGCCUACUUCAGAGAGGGGAUUAUUGCGGAUUCUAUUAUAUAUACACAUGUUGCUAGCGGUAUAGCUGGCUGUAGAGACCCGCACGCUGCUUUACCCCUCUGCUGGAAAUCAAUGCUUUACAUGGCGGUGGAGCCUAUCUGGGUUUUCUAUCUACUUUUGUUGGGCUUCUGUGGACCAUCCGUUCAAGAGAAGCCUGUGACGGUGGAGCUGAGCUGUGGGGCGGGGCCUGUCCUCGUGGUGCUGGAGCCAGGACAGCCUCUGCUGCUGGACUGUCACCUGGGGGCCACGCCCCUGGACACGCCCCUCAACAUCACCUGGCUGCAGGAUGGUCUCCCCGUACUGGAGGGGGAAGGGGACUCCCUCAGGACCCUGGCCAAUGGCUCACUGCUGGUGCUGCCCACCUCUGUGGAUGGCCGGACGCCUCAAGGGGUGGAGGGGGGCUACAGCUGUGUGAGUGCCGGCCCUUUUGGAGCUCUGACCAGCCGCACCAUCACCGUUUACCUGGCCACGCUGUCUCGUUUCCAUCAGGACCCAGAGGCCCAGGUGGUGCCCGUGGGGGGUGCUUCCCGCUUUGAGUGCCAGAUAGACGGAGUGCCCACGCCAAGGAUAACCUGGGAGAAGGACCAGGAACCCAUCCCCAGCCAGCUUAGGUUCAUCUCUCUCCCUAACGGUGUGCUCCAGAUCUUGGGGGCGGUUAAGGAGGAUGGGGGUGCGUACCGCUGUGUGGCCUCCAACUCUGCCCGGAAACGCUUCAGCCAGGAUGCCUUCCUCACUGUCACUACAGGUCCUGGCCCUGCCCAAAGUGAGGUAGUGAUCGUGGCACCGCCUCAGAAUACCACAGUGGUGCAGGGGCGUCCAGCGGUGAUGGAGUGCAUGGCCCAGGGUGGGCAGCCCAAACCCCUGGUGUCCUGGAGCAGACAGGACGGGAAGCCCAUCGCCACCGACGUGGUUGUCCUGGAAACUAACCUGGUGAUCCCCAACACGCGGCGUUACCAUGCGGGGGUCUACGUCUGCCGUGCCAACAAACCCAAGACCCGCGAGUUUGUCAUAGCUGCGGCUGAACUGCAUGUGCCAGCCCCACCAGUGAUCCUCCAGCCCCCAGAGACGGUGUCUCUCUCUCGGGGAAACACAGCCAGGUUUGUGUGUAACAGCUCUGGGGAGCCUCCCCCGGCGCUGCACUGGCUAAAGAAUGGCAAGCCGGUCAAGUCUAACGGGCGGGUGAAGACCCAGAGCCCUGGGGUGCUGCUCAUCAACCAGCUGGGCCUGGACGACGCAGGGUACUACCAGUGCAUCGCCGACAACGCUUUGGGGACAGCCUGCGCCACAGCCAAGCUGUCUGUCAUUGUGAGAGAGGGUCUACCCAGCCCACCACACCAGCUCUCUGCCACGCCCCAAUCAAGUACCACCGCCCUCCUCACCUGGGAACGGCCCGAACACAACAGUGACCAGAUUAUAGGCUUCUCUGUGCACUACCAGCCCACUUCAGGCUCUGAUCACAUGGAAUACCAGUUUGCUGUGAACAACGACACCACAGAGUACCAUGUGAAGGAGCUACUGCCACACACAGCCUAUACCUUCUACGUGGUGGCCUACUCCCCCAUGGGAGCCAGCCGCCCGUCACGGCCCGUCACCGUGGAGAUGCUGGAGGACGUGCCCAGUGCCCCUCCACAGCUGUCCCUGCUCAGCACCUCCCCUACAGACAUCAGAGUGAUGUGGCUGCCCCUGUCUUCCCAGCACAGCAGAGGAGCUGUCACCCGCUACCGCAUCGACUACUCCACACUGGAACAGGUGGACAACGUGUUUUCUGUGGAGGUGGGGGGGAAUGAGACUCAGCUUACCUUGCGGGAGCUGCUGCCUAACCAGGCCUAUCGGCUGCGGAUGGCGGCGGGAACGGGAGCAGGCUUUGGUGUGCCGUCAGAGUGGAACCAGCACCACACCCCAGCCCACUUUAACCACAGCAUGGUGAUCUUUGCUCCCACAGAGCUGAAGGUUAGGGCCAAAAUGAACUCCCUCCAUGUCACAUGGCAGCCCCCGCCCAAUCACACGCAGAUCUCCGGCUACAAGCUCUUUUGCAGGGAGGUGGUUGGUGAGGAGCUGACCAAUGGGGAGGCUCAUCCUGAGAGGGAGAGGGUGAGGAGGAUGGAGGCCCACACCAUCAAGCUCCGCAAGAGGGUCAAACAUCAUGAGGUCUCUAGUCUGGUCCCUGACAGACUAUAUGAAGUGAAGGUGUGGGCCUUCAAUAAGCAGACGGAUGGCUAUGCUGCAGGAUGGAAGGGCAGGACAGAGAAGGCACAUGGCAUAGCGCCCCCUAAGGGGAACCCCCCUCCUCUGCCCCCUCCCCUGCCCCCCAGCAGCAUCAAGGCUACAGCCAACAGCUCCACAUCCAUCUGGCUGCGCUGGGAGAAACCUCGCUUCAGCAACGUCCGCAUCAUCAACUACACCGUACGCUGCAGCCCGGCCGGCAUCAGAAACGCAUCGCUUGUGUCCUACUACACCAGCUCAGCUCAGGAGAUCCUCUUGGGGGCCCUAAAACCCUACACCCGCUAUGAGCUGGCUGUGCAGUCCAAUGGAGGAGACGUGGUUGGUCCCUUCAGCGGCACUGUGGAGGAGUCCACUCUCACUGACAUACCCUCCACCCCCCCAGCGGAGCUGCAGCUCAGUGCCUUGGACUCCUCCUCUGUGUUGGUCAACUGGCGCCCACCUGUGGAGCCCAAUGGCAUCAUCAUCAGCUACAGGAUCCUAUACACCAUCAACCUCAGCCAGCCUGAGCACCUGUGGAACAACCUCUCCCAAGAUGGGACCAUCAUGAGUGCUGAGGUAACAGGGCUGUCUAGUGGGACACAAUACUUCUUUAAGAUGCGGGCGUCCACUGAGGUGGGAAUGGGGCCUUACUCCCCAGUGAAGGAUGUGCACACUCCUCCCAGGAAAUAUGAGCUGGACAUCCAUGCAGUGACAGGCAUCAUAGUUGGUGUGUGUCUGGGGCUGCUCAGCAUGCUCCUUUGUAUGUGUGUCAGCUUCCGCAACGGCAAGGCCAGAGAGGUGUCUGGAGGGCUGGACUCCACUGCUCUGCCCCCACAGUACCAUCAUGGGGGUAGGUCUGUGCCCACCAUGGUGCCAGAAUGCAGUGAUUGCCAUGAGCUAGAGACCCUGAUGCCCCUGGGCAGCCUGGACCAUGACCGUGCCCAACCCCUCACAGAGCCCACUGAGGAGCACAGCCUCAUGGGUAAUGUAGGAGUAGGGGACGAUGCCCUAGGAACUGAGCUCAAGGCUGCUUGGAAUGGGUCAGUUAGUCGUAACUGGGCCAACCGGAUCACCAAAUACAGGGACACCAUCACAGAGGACUCUCCAAAUCUCAACAAUGGAACUUUGGACAUGACCAACACAGAGAAUGGCAAGGGCAACCCUGAGGACCAACUGGACUCCUCCCUGUGCAGUUGUAACCAGGUGGAGGCAGAGGUCAUAGUUCAUUCUGAGCUGAACGACCUGGAGAAGGAGCAGCAGGAGGCGCAGAGUGACAGGGAAGAGGACUCUCAGGCCACCAGGGGGCCUUCACUGUCCGAGGCAGCUUACUCCUCAGUCAGACAGCCUGCCCAGGCCCCUUUACACCCAAAUGGGACACAACAUCCAGGGGAGCCAGUGAGACAGGCUGCCCAGGCACCACAACAUCCAGGGGAGCCAGUGAGCCAGGCUGCCCAGGCACCACAACAUCCAGGGGAGCCAGUGAGCCAGGCUGCCCAGGCACCACAACAUCCAGGGGAGCCAGUCAGACAGGCUGCCCAGGCACCACAACGUCCAUCACCAGGGGAGGAGUCCCUACAGACACAACCCCUGCCCAAGGUCCCAUCCGGCCCCGUCCUGGAGCCAGUGUCCAAUCACAAUGGGCAGCCAGAGGGCAUGGUUGGGGGCAUGGUGGGCGUGGCAGCCCAGCUGACUGUAGAUGUGGGGCGGCACCCGGAAAUGGGGCUUACCAACGGCUUCCACUCCACCAAGCCCCUGCGGCCAGGGCAGGAGACCCAGGGGAACGGAGACUCCAGACACUGCCCCCCUCCCCCGUCCCCCUCUCCUUUCGUCAGCGCCGGCCUUGUCCACUCUAACUCAGCAGCGCACAGCUACCUGUGCCCUUAGCAAGAGGAGAACCAAACUCCCACACCAAGAACAGCUGGAUGUCUUUCUUUUUCUCAUCAUGAAUCAAAUGUUUUUUUUAAAGCACCUCAGUAUCUGAUUUUCUUCUUCCUGGCUCAGUUUUAUAGAUACUUUGAAUCCAUUGUUUUAUAUGUGUAUAUAUAUAUACAGUAUAUAUUUUUUGUGCUAGUAUGUAUGGGUAUUCAUUUUGUUGCAUAGCAGCAGUAUGUUAGUCUGGCCUUACUCUGUACUUUGCUACAGGCUCCUAUUACAGACGUACGAUGACGGAAUCAUAGUGUAGAAAGCAGGAUAUUCCUUUUUUCAUAAGCCUUGACCUGUUGGACUCUUAGAAUGAGCGUGGGCGUGUGGUACUUCAAGACCUACCUUUGGUCAGCUGAUGAUGGUGGAGAGGCUCUUGAUUCAGCACCAUGGAUGAAGAUAGAGCAGAACCGGGACCAUAUAUAUGGCCUUCACUCUCACUCUGGCUCCUUUCAAAUGACUGAGCUGUUCCUAUUGGCUGUUCCACUGUAUGGAUGCUGCCUGCCCCAGCACCAGGAAAGAAGCCUUAUAUUUAGACACUGAGAGUGCAGACCUCCUGUCUCUCUCUCUCUCUCUCUCUCCAACCUCCUGCUGUCUCAGGAUCCACACACACAUUCCCUGAAUGGAGCUUGGGGGUCUCAGGUGCCUAAUAUUUUAGGAGCAUUUUUAACCUCUGUAUAUUUAUAUAGAUGAUUAUAUUCAAUAAAAAUAGGACAAAUAUAUUGAAAAAGGAAAAUAAAUGAGGCAAUUGAAGAAAAUUUGAAGGAACCGCAUACAGUACAUGUUGUUGAUAUAGGUUGCAUUAUUUUGGGGGGAGGACUAGAUGAGACGUGUAGGUGUAUGACAAAAUAACACAUCUUAUAGCAGUGGUCUCCUGGUUUUGCUCCCAGUCAACAGCACUACCUCAUUUCUUUACAGGAUGGUUUGUUGGUGAUUUUAAUAGUGUCAUGCAGAUAGGUGCAUCUUUUAGAAUCUGUUUUUUAACUGUUUAAUUCAUAGCCUUCAAUACUUUCAGGAAUAACUUCCUGUCCCCUUCUUUCUGUAUACAUCGAUGUGUAUUACCUACAGGAAAUGACACGUAUGGUACAUAACGGUCUUUCUCAGAACUCUGUUUAUUGCCCUUUUCCCCUUUAUCAGUUGUUCCAUUAGAUCUGGGUUUCCAACUGUCGUCACCCCCCUCAAUCUACUUUGGACCGGAAAAGAAAAACAUUUUUAAUUGACCAAUUACCGCAAAUCACUUUUCACCUUAGGUAAAUAAUGCAGCAGUUUAGUUACCAGGCCUAAUAUAUGGUAGCUUGUUACUAGACCUACUACAGAUGAACAAGGCUCCGUCAGGAGGCCUCACCCUUUGUGAUGCCAUCUCACUCAUCCUUUCUCAGCUGUGUCUGAGCUCCUCCCUCUGCAGGUGAGAGGGGGUUGGAGAUAUCAUAGAGAAAUAGACCUAGACACCACUUCUAUUUUCAGCCAUAUUUCCAGUCUUUCUUUGUACUUUUGACUCUCGCCAGCCUGAGGUCUUUCACAAGACCACAUGUAAAGUCUUUACACCUUUUGAACUUUUUUCAAAUUUUUGUUGCGUUACAAAGUGGAAUUAAAAUGGAUUUAAUUGACAUUUUUAUAUACUCUGUAAUUUUUUAAGUCGAAGAAAAAUUCUAUAUUUUUUAAAGAUUGAUGAAAAAUAGAACACUUUAAUAUAACUUCAUUAGGUAAGUCUCAUAAGAGCUUUGCACAUCUGGAUUGCACAAUAUUUUCCCAUUAUUCUUUUCAAAAUUCUUCAAGCUUUGUCAAGGGUUUGGGGAUAAUGGCUAGACAGCAAUUUUCAAGUUUUGCCCAAAAAAUUCAUGCAGAUUUAAGUCAAAACUGUAACUUGGUUCUCAGGAACAUUCACUGUCUUCUUGGUAAGCAACUCCAGUGUAGAUUUAGAUUUGUGUUAUAGGUUAUUGUCCUGCUGAAAGGUGAAUUCCUAUCCAGGUGUCUGGUGUAAAGCAGAGUGAAGCAGGGUUUCCCCUAGGAUUUUUCCAGUGCUUAGCUCUGUCUGUUUUCUUUUCAUCCUGAAAAGUCCCCCGUCUUUGCCGAUGUCAAGCAUGCCCAUACCAUGAUGCAGCCACCACCAUGCUGGAAAAUAAGAAGGCAGUAACUCAGUGAUGUGUUGUGUUGGAUUUGCCCCAAACAUAAUGCUUUGCAUUUAGGCCAAAAGGUGUAUUCAUUUGCUGUGUUUUUUUGCAAUAUUACUUUAGUGCCUUGUUGCAUACAUAUGCAUGUUUUGGAAUAUUUGUAAUCUGUAUAUUUGUAUUCUCUUUUAACUCUGUCAUUAUUGUCGAGUCACUACAAUCUUGUUGAUCUAUCCUCUAUUUUCUCCCAUUACAGCCAUUGAACUCUGUAACUGUUUUAAAAUCACCAAUGGCCUCAUGGUGACAUCCCUAAGCAGUUUCCUUCCUGUCCUGCAGCUCAGUUCAGAAGGACGACUGCAUCUUUGAUGUCUCUGGGUGAUUUAAUACACCAUCCACAGCAUAAUUAUUGUCCAUGCUUAAAGAUAUAUUCAAUGUCUGAUGUGUUGUGGUUACCCAUCUACCAAUCACUGCCCUUCUUUAUGAGGCUUUCCAAAAGCAUACCUGGUCUUGUAGUUGAAUCUGUGCUUGAAAUUCAAUACUUGACUGAGGGACCUUACAGUUGUUGUAUGUAUGGUGGACAGAGGAAAGGUUAGUCAUUCAAAAAUCAGUUCAACCGCUAUUAUUUCACACCGAGUCCAUGUAACUUAUGUGAUUUGUUAAGCCAAAUGUUACUUCUGAACUACUUUAGGCUUGCCUAAACAAAGAGGUGAAUACUUGUGCAAGAACUAUAUUUCAGUUAAGGUUUAUUAAUUUGUAAACAUGUGUAGAAUUUUCUUUAAACUUUCACAUUAUGGAGUAUUUUGUGUAGAUCAAUGACAAAAAUAUACAAUUAAAUCUACUUCAAUCCCACUUUGUAACACAACAAAAUGUGAAGAAAAAAAAGGUUCAAGGCGGUGUAGACUUUACAUUGGCACUGUAAAUAAUCCUUCUUACAAACACAGAUCCUCUAUUUUGUAUUACCCUCAUGUUUUCAUUUCUUCCUUUAUAGCAUUUUUAAACAAGCGUCUUUAUUAUUUUAUUUAGCAUAAUGCAUGCUUACAUUUCUUAUACUUACCUUUGUGUACCCUAACAAAAUAUCUAUUCAAAAUAGUCUCUCCACACAAGGACAAGAAUAUCUCAUCAUACUUUGUGUGAGGCUUUUUGUCUAAAUUAGAGUAUGCCUAUAUCAAAGACUAUACAGGUAUAAUGGGCCUGUUGUAAACGUGGCCCAAGACAUUGAGUCUUAUGGUCUGUCAGAUGAAUGAGGACUCAGCUAGUCCAGAUAGGUGCUAGAACUCAGAGGCAUAUAGAAGAGUCUCAUAACUAAAGCAUUCCAGUUUUAUACUUUGAACAGACCUCACUCAGGAUCAGGCAUGCUCAAACUGUAUCUAAGCAAAAUAAUGUCCAUUUUGUGUUGUCAUCUUACAACCCAUACAUUCUCAGUCUCGUUCGCUCCAUGCUCCUGUUCUGGCUUUUUUUUUCUCAAGACAAAUCCUUCUGCUCUAAUAGAUCAGCACUUUGUUCCUCUGCAGCAUGAUCAUCAGGAAAACUUUCUCAGUCCAUCUAUAAUCUAUACAAUCAGUCCAGUCAUUGUGGAUACAAAACUCCCUUUAGAAAUGAGUCAUUGUGCUCUGAUUAACUCAUCCAGGUUUAUUUAGUCAGUUAGAUUUGAAUGAAAGGUGUCCACCCAAUACAUUAUUAUUUAAUAGGACCGUAUACAGUAUAACUACCAAUAUCUAUUUUAGACUGAGUGAAGCUGUGAGAAGGUGACUGUUUACAGUUCAUUUGAAUCUCACAGGCGUACAGUAUGUAUUGUAUCUUUGCAACAUUACAGAAGGUGUUACAUGUUCUCUACUCACAUUUCUACUGAAGCGUCUGUUUUUAACAUACACAUCUUGUAGUGUCAAUCUCAGCUCUGUUUCAAACGCUUACUCAAGGGGCACCUAUUGCAGCGACAUUGUGUGGUCUGUUGAAAACAGAGCCAACGUUGAAGACUUAAAACCGCCUCCAGCAUAAAGAAUGUGUGCUCUCACUGAAGAGGUUGAGUUAGUUCUCUUCACUAUUUCCUUCGAACCACAUAUCUUACAGUACAUAGUGUUCCUUACUGUAAGCAUCUUUGCCCAGAGUAAGCCGAUAUGAUGCUCAGUGUAGUAAUAUCUUGCUCUAAUCUGAUCAAAUAUGCACAUUAGUUCAAUAACGGGAUCCUCUCUUUUUUUAUAGAGCUUUUAUCACAAGAAUACCUCAUUUUGUUGGUUACUUGUUAAUUUAAUGAAGAUCAUUAUGAAUAAUGGAAAUGAUGUUUAUAAGAAUCCUUUUGAGGGAGCCAAGCUGGCAGAAGAUGACGUAAUACUGCUUGUCUUAUCUCAGCUGGAAAUAUCUCUUGUUGCAGUGGAUUUAUUUUCGACUCUAAGCAUAAACCCUUGAGUGGUGAGUGGAUGCAGGUGCAGGGUGGGUGGGGGGGGUGAGGAGAGGCAUGGAGGUAAAGGGAGGAGGGUGAAGGAAAGUAGGGGUGAAAUUAGGGAAAGUAGUGCAGGGAAACCCCUGUGAUAUCAGUGCCAAGAAGAGUGGAGUUGUGGAGCGGUGAUUGAUUGUUGAAGAGGAAUGUCUACCUGCAGGUCUUACCUCUCAGUGCAGACAUUUCUGUAGAAUACUGGUCUUUACUGUUCUCUACUCAGGAUACCGUGUCUUUCCAUAAAACUGUAGAGGACUUGCCAGCAUGUACAGUAUACCCGACUCUGAAGCAUGUCAUUAGUUGUCAAACAAAACCUCACCACUUGUAAUCCUGAAAAACACGAAACAAACGCUGAUACACAGAUUCGGAUAGAGGUUUCUGCUAAAUGGCAUAUAUUAUUUAGCUUUUAGUUUUGUAAAAGAAAAAAUGUAUCAAUGUAUUCUGGCUCUGUGUCCUCUGGUGCUUUGUGGUGAGCUACCUUGUCCAGUGAUGUCACAUUUGUGCAUUCUUCUACUUCUUAACCAGCUGAACUGUGCUUUAUCCAGAAUGUCCAAUCAUAGAGACCUUAGUCUUGUACCACCACCCGAAUUCUGAUGUCUUUUUUACAGUACAUUAUUUUCAUUGUGUCGUACGUAUGCAACCUCUUUCACUUCAAACUCACUCGCGAUAUCAACUCUUGUUGUUGGAGCACUUCUUGUGAAUUAGCACUUCUAUUAUCUUCGUAUGUGUGCAGUGUCUUGAAAAAGCGUUUGCAUUGUGAAAGUAGGAAUAACAUGUUGGCGGUGGUAUCGCUGCGUGAGAGAGGCGGUAGAGGGUGUCUGAGUGAGUCGGUGCUACAUUACGUACAUCCGGGCAGUGCUCUGAUGCUCUUCUCUCCCUCUUACACAGUGUGUCAUCACAGCCAUCCUCACUGAUUAACACACCUGUCCACUGCUGAACACCUGUCCAUCACUACACAUGACCCCUUCCCUGUGGCAUCAGCUUUGCACAGUAAUAUGUCUUCCCCUUUUUAUGCAUUCCAGCAUUGUUUUUUUUAAAGUCUUAUGGAAGUUGGGGCCAUGGCAACUUCAGAGAGUCAGUGUCAAAAAUGUCAAGAAGUGCAAUUUAACUUGGUCUUUAAAAAAUUGGUUGACUCAAGUGUUAGCGAUAAAUCCCUGAUGAAACCUUUCGUUUAGGAGAUGGCUGUAACAUAUACUCUGAGUGUACAAAACAUUAGGAUCACCUUCGUAAUAUUGAAUUGCACCCCUUUCGGCUGGAUGUCCUUUGGCUGGUGGACCAUUCUUGAUACACACAGGAAACUGUUGAGCGUGGAAAAACCCAGCAGCAUUGUAGUUUUUGACACACUCAAACCAGUGCACCUCACACCUACUACCAUAACCCUUUCAAAGGCACUUAAGUCUUUUUUGUCUUGCCCAUUCACCCUCUGAAUGGCACACAUACACCAUCCAUGUCUCAAUUGUCUCAAGGCUUAAAAUUAAUUAUUUAACCUGUCUCCUCCCCUUCAGCAACACUGAUUGAAGUGGAUUUAACAAGUGACAUCAAUAAGGGAUCAUAGCUUUCACCUGGAUUCACCUGGUCAGUCUAUGUCAUGGAAAGAGCAGGUGUUCCUUAUGUUUUGUAUACUCAGUGUACAUAUGGCUGGCCAAAGUUGUGGACAUGGAUGAGAAGAAAUCUUGUUUUUUUUUAAAGUUUAUCCCACACUGUGUUACCAUCAGUGAACUUGUCAAACUCACAGCAACUCAAGAUGUCUGAGCAAACUACUGUUGUGUAAAUAAAGCAUCUUAAUAAAGAGAUGAGGAUAACUGAG